GUCUCAAUUUCACAAUUUCAUGCAGCGAGGUUGAAGAUGGCGAGCGGAGGGGGCUCCGUUGCUUCGCUGUGGACUGAAGUGAACCGCUGUGGACAGAAUGGCGACUUCACUCGGGCACUUAAAGCUGUAAACAAAAUUCUGCAUGAAAUCAAAGAUGACGUGACAGCCCUUCACUGUAAAGUCGUGUGCCUUGUCCAAAAUGGUAGUUUCAAAGAGGCAUUGAAUGUCAUGAACACCUUUUCAAAAGUACUUGGCAGUGACCUUAUUGCUUUUGAGAAAGCGUAUUGUGAAUACCGGUUGAACCGAGUGGAAAGCGCCCUGAAGACCAUCGAAGGUGUUGCAGAGCAGACGGAUAAGUUAAAAGAACUUUACGGUCAAGUGCUGUACAGGCAGGAGCGGUAUGAGGAGUGUAAGGCGGUGUACAGGGACCUGAUCAGGAACUCCCAGGAUGAGUACGAGGAGGAGAGGAAGACCAACCUGUCUGCUGUGGUGGCCGCCAUGAGCACAUGGGAGAACUCUUCACCGGAUGACUUGGGUCUGCCUGAGACGACUUACGAACUGUGCUACAACGCUGCCUGCACUCUGAUUGGUCAGGGACAGCUGACGGAGGCAAUGAACAAACUCCGGCAGGCUGAGGAGCUUUGUCGGGUGUCCUUGGCAGACGAUUCUGACGUGACGGAGGAGGACAUCGAGUCAGAGCUGGCCGUCAUCCACUCUCAGAUGGCCUAUGUCCUGCAGAAGCAGGGCCGCACGGACGAGGCGCUGCAGCUUUACAACCAAGUCAUCAAGCUCAAGCCAUCUGAUGUUGGGCUGCUAGCUGUUACUGCCAACAACAUCAUCACAAUCAACAAGGACCAAAACGUGUUUGACUCGAAGAAGAAAGUUAAGCUCACAAACGCGGAAGGCGUUGAACACAAGCUAGCCAAGAUGCAGCUACAGGCGAUUGAAUUCAACAAAGCCUUGUUGGCCAUGUACACUAACCAGGCUGACCAGUGCAGGAAGCUGUCCUCCAGCCUGCAGAGCCAGAACCCAGGACAACCUCGCCCGGUCCUGGUGCAGGUGGCUCAGCUGUGCAGGGAGAAGCAGCACACUAAAGCCAUCGAACUGCUGCAGCGCUUCUCAGAUCAGCAUCCAGAGAGUGCAUCUGGAAUCAAACUGACCAUGGCACAGCUGUAUUUAACUCAAGGUCACGUUACGAAAGCCUGCGACAUCUUGAGAUCUAUCGAAGAUUUCAAGCACAAACAAGGGAUGAUCUCUGCUCUGGUAACCAUGUACAGCCACGAGGAGGAUAUCGACAGCGCUAUCGAUGUCUUUAGCCGAGCUAUUCAGUACUACCAAGCCCAACAGCCUGGCUCACCUGUUCACCUAGCACUCGUACGAGAAGCGGCCAACUUCAAAUUGAAGUAUGGACGUAAGAAAGAGGCCAUCAGUGACCUGGAGCAGCUAUGGAAGCAAAACACUAACGACAUCCACACGUUGGCACAGCUCAUCUCCGCCUAUUCUCUGGUGGACACAGAGAAAGCCAAAUCCCUCAGCAAGCACCUCCCCUCCCCAGACAAGAUGUCCUUCAACGUGGACGUGGACGAGCUGGAGAACUCCCACGGAGCCAACUACGUCAGGAAGAAGGCAGCGAAGGUCACAGGGGAGAACCUUCCUAAAGAACAGGGCCAGGGGGAUAUUAAGAAGAAGAAGAAAAAGAAGAAAGGCAAGUUGCCGAAGAACUGUGACCCCAAGGCGACCCCUGACCCAGAGCGGUGGAUGCCGAUGAGGGAGAGGACCUACUACAGAGGCAAGAAGAAGAGCAAGAAGAAGGAACAGGUUGGCAAGGGAACGCAGGGGGCCACGUCUGGAGCCGCCUCCGAUCUGGACGCCAGCAAGACUGCCAGCAGCCCCCCCACCUCCCCGCGCCCGGGCUCAGCCUCAGCCUCCGCCCCUGCCCCCGGCGUGGUGCCGCCCCGGCAACAGAAGCCAGCGGCCCCGGGGGCCACACGCAAGAAGGCCCCGCAGAAGAAGAAGAAAGGAGGCAAGGGGGGCUGGUAGUCACGGUGACACAGCACACUGCUUGUCCACAGACACACUGGCUACUACCUUUGACGUGUCGAUGUCAGAAAAUCACAAGCUUUUCUUUUUUUUACCAUCCAAACAACUGUAUGAUUCAUGUUUAGUUGUUGUGUACGGUGAAAGUAUUUCAGAAGGACCCUUUUUCCCCCCCCAUUCCCUGCCCUGCUACCUUCUUUGAUUCAAGAGGUUAUUUAGAAAGGAAUGCGUAGAAAGACAAACGUCUUCUACGUUUUCAGAUGUGUUUGUGUUGAAGGCGAGAGGGGCUUCGCUUUAAGUUCUAACACACACCUUUCCCAGUGUUUCAUUCUGAGUGAGCUGAUUUCUUUCGUACUGCCAAUCAUGAAUAUUCAUGUAAUUGACGAAUGCCCUUUCAGUUUGAGUCUUUCAAUCUCAUCAGACAAAAGAAGGUCAGCUUGUGUAUGCAAAUGUAAACAAUAUUUAUUUUUCAAAUCAGUCUCAGUUUAAGUAAAAUUAUCCAAAAGAUAUUUUGAUUUUAAAUCUUCGGGGAGGGGGAGUAUGUCACCUGCAUGUCGUUUUUGGAGCCAUUUACAAAGAUGGAAAGGAAACGAUUCUGGACAAGAAAGGAGUCCCUUUGGUUAUGUCUUAAUAAAUAGUUAAUUGACACCUGA